AUGAAAUCGAAACUAUUGGCGUUCGACGCCUUUGCCAAAACCGUCGAGGACGCACGGGUCAGAACUACCUCGGGAGGCUUGGUAACCAUGACCUGUUUGGUGGCAGUGGUGUUGUUGAUCUUGAACGAAUGGAACGAGUUCAAUACCGUCAAGCUACACCCAGAGAUCGUGGUGGACCGCGACCGGGCCAAACGCUUGGACGUCAAUCUCGAUAUCAGUUUCCCUAAAUUACCAUGCGAGGUUUUAACCUUGGAUAUUAUGGACGUCAGUGGGGAACUCCAAGAGGAUGUGGCAAAGUUUGGGUUCACCAAGAUCCGGUUGGCACCACGGGGCCACGAGAUUGCUGAAGAGGCGCUUACCAUGGGCAAUGAGGAUGGUAAAGAUACCAUGAUGAGAAUCAAAGGUAGUGAUUAUUGUGGGCCAUGUUAUGGGGCCAAAGAUCAAUCAAAUAAUGACAACGAUCAGGUACAGAAAGUGUGUUGUAACUCAUGUGAAGAGGUUCGUCAGGCAUACGUCAAGGCCGGGUGGGCAUUUUUUGAUGGUAAGGACGUCGAGCAGUGUGAACAAGAAGGGUACGUUCUGAAGAUUAAUGAGAGACUUCAUGAAGGAUGUCGGAUCAAAGGGACUGCGAAUAUCAAUAGAGUGGCUGGUAAUUUGCAUAUUGCCCCUGGAGCAUCAUAUACUGGCCAAUUCAGACACAUUCAUGACUUGUCGCUCUUUGAGAAACACGAGCACUUCACAUUUGAGCAUGUUAUUAAUCAUUUAUCAUUUGGCCCGGAUCCUGGUAGUGAUUUACAAAAUAAUAAUGAUGACAACAACAUCAAGAACUUAAUGUUCUCCACCCAUCCAUUGGACGGGUUUAAAUCUACGGUUGACGAACGAUUCAAAGUGUAUUCUUAUUUCGUCAAGGUGGUGUCGACCCGUUACGAGUUUUUAAACCACACAUUCUUGGAAACCAACCAGUUUUCGGCAACCAAGCACAACCGACCAUUACAAGGUGGUCCCGAUGAAGACCACAAACAUACCAUCCACCUGAGAGGGGGCCAUCCAGCGGUGUUCUUCAACUUGGAGAUCAGUCCCAUCAAGGUUAUUAAUAGAGAAGAGUAUUCGAAUACCUGGGGGUCGUUCUUUUUGAGCGUGUGUUCGGCAAUUGGUGGGGUGCUCACCAUCGGCGCGGUGGUGGACCGGACAAUUUAUGAGACCGAUAAAGUUAUCCGCCUGAAGAAGGAUACCUGA